CAGCUGUUCCGAGGCUGCACAACAACAAAAGGAGCGAGAAGGGCCGGCGGCGGCCAGCGGUGUGGCCACAGGAAGGCUGGACCGGCUCCGAGCCCCGCGCCCGUCGUCCGGGAGCCGCAGCUACCUCAGCCGCCCCGAACCGCCAGCGCGCCGGUCCCCGCCAAGCCCCGCCAAGCCGGGCGCCCGCUGCCUUCGCCACCGUCCCGCCGCAGGUCGGGCCCAAGGAUAAUGACUCUUGCCUCUCGCCUAAGUUGAACAAGCACCUUGUGCACUUUAUCCCCUGUCAGUGCCGUCAGGCUGACUGAAGACAGGUUUUUGAAAUCUCAGCUAUAAAGCCAUCCAGCCAAAGUCUCAAUCUUGCCUUAACAAUGUUCCAGAGACUGAAUAAAAUGUUUGUGGGUGAAGUCAAUACUUCUUCCAACCCAGAACCAGAAUUUAGUGAGAAAGAAGAUGAUGAAUGGAUUCUCGUUGACUUCAUAGACACUUGCACUGGCUUCUCAGCAGCAGAAGACGAGGAGGAAGACAUCAGCGAAGAGUCACCUGCAGAGCACCCUUCCGUCUUUUCCUGUUUACCUGCAUCUCUUGAGUGCCUAGCUGACCCAAGUGAUUCCUGCUUCCUCCAGUUUGAGUCCUGUCCCAUGGAAGAGAGCUGGUUUAUCACCCCUCCCCCGUGUUUUACUGCAGGUGGCUUAACCACUAUCAAGGUGGAAACCAGUCCUAUGGAAAACCUUCUCAUCGAACAUCCCAGCAUGUCUGUCUACGCCGUGCACAACUCCUGCCCCAACCUCAGCGAGGCCCACUGUGGGACUGAGGAAUUUCAUAACCCAGGUAGUCCCAGAGUGGAAGCUCAAAAUGAAGUGCAACAGCACAUUCACUGCUACGUUGCAGCUCUUGCUGCUCAUACAGCUUUUCUGGAACAACCCAAGAGCUUGCGCCCUUCCCAGUGGAUAAAAGAACACAGUGAAAGACAGUCUCUGAACAGAAAUAGCCUUCGUCGCCAAAACCUUACCAGGGAUUGCCAUUCCCGGCAAGUAAAGCACAACGGCUGGGCUGUCCAUCAGCCCUGCCCACGUCAGUACAAUUACUAAGAAUUUCAAGUGUGGUUGGUUCCUUUCUCUUGGUUUGUGCCGAUGUGUGUGGAUGUGUGUGGAUGGGCGAUGGCGACGCUGUCUCUUUACAGCCAACUGAUGACCAAUCAUAGAGUUUGAUCAGUGUGUUUAGACACUAUCUUGAAAGCCAGAUUUACAUGCUGUGUAUCACCUAAUGCCUUGCUCUUAACCUUUACUUUUUUUGUACAUUUCUUCAGAAUAUUUUUGGAAACAUAUCAGUACAAUUUACAGUGUUUGGGGAUGUCUUUAAAUCUAUUAAGAUGUACAUGAAUUAGCAAUUUAAAGACAUUUCUUCCCAAGUACGAGACUAGGCAUCUUUUCAAUUUCAUUUUAUUCGGUAUUAAUCAAUCUUCUGAGGAAACAGAACUUUAUUCUCAGGGUCAGCCAUACACUUUAUUGACCAGUACUUGAUAAUCUUCUCUGUAUAUAAUGAAAACAUUUUUACACACUAACAGGAGCAUUAACACAUGAUGGUUGCCAUGGAUAUAAUGGAAUUAUGGCCGAACUUUCUUUUGGAAGAAAACUUGAUAUAUUUCUCUGUGCAUGGGUGUUCUCUUUGCCAGAUUUGCCAUGCAGUUCACUUGGGAAUUCAGGUACAUUAAGUGUGUGGGUGAACAGUGCAUUCAGUAAUUCCGACGUGACUGUGUGACGUGGUACAGACGUUACGGGCAACGUGGGACAAAAGCCCUCAUCCCACAUGCAGAGGGCUUCAAUUAGACCUGUGACCUUGUAUUUGGAAAAGCAUAUGUCUACAGCUAACCCCUUGGUCCACUAUUUAAGUUGUCCGGAUUCUUUCCCGCCAGCUCUGCCCGCUCGCCACCUCACAUCAGCUGUAAAUUCAGAAGUCCUUGUCCGGGCAACUCGAGUGACUUCUCAUGUAUCUGCCCAAGGGGGAAGGAGGUGGCUUUGUGUGUCUGCUACAGUGACAGAUCCUCUGCCACGGAGCCCGUCCUGCCAGGUGGCAGGCCAGGGGUAAGGGGGAUUCCUGGUGACAUCUUUCCAUAGCAUCUAAAUGACGAGUGACAGGUCGGCUUCCUUGUUUUCAUUUUUGUCUGUUAACGUGGGCUUGAGGCAGAAAUCUUGAACCACUUUGGCCUCUGUUUCCUCCACCAGCGGGGGCGUAGUAAUGCGUACUUCCCUCACCCUACCUUGUUGUGAGGGCUGUGUGCUCAUUUGCCGGAGGGCUGUCCAGAACUGAACCCGGUGUGAAAUUCCAAGGGCCUCUCUACUGAAUCUAGCGGUGGGAGUGGGGCCUGUGGUGGCUUUGCUGCCACAGAGUGCUGUUCUUCAAAGUGUUGGUGCUAAUGAGGCCAGGGUACAGGGUUCGGUUCACACAGAGGCCAGUUAACUCGAUGCAGAAAAAUCUAUUUCCUUACCUCUAGCCAGUCACUUUAUUUUUUAUUUUAUUUUUUUUUAAGCAGCGGUGAUGGGUUUGGCUGAGCCCUCUGCACGCUCACAGCUUCCUCUGAAAUGAAGUUAAACUCAUGUACAGUCCAAAGCACGUUCUACAGGUAGAGCAGUCGUUAUCGCCUUCAUAAUCACAUAGCUGAUUUUCUCACCUCCUCUGCAACCCUAGGUAAAUAAGCAGACACCUCUGUACGGUGUUGUCAAGGGAAAAAGCAGCAGGAAGUUGCGUGAAGUAUUAUUAUAUUCUUCAGUAUCCCUGUAAGCAGUUGGAGGCAGGGAACCCUGGGAGACUCUUUUUAAGUGGAGAGCUGUCUCUUUUCUGACCAGACUGGAGUGUGUGGCAUCCGCAGGUCAGUUAGCUUAGUGAGACGCUGAUGUCAGGUGGUUCUUCCACUGGCUGUGCUGAAGGGCCAGGAAGGUCUUUUUAGAACCAGCGUCUAGAUUCCCCCUUCUCUCCUUAUUCCCCUUCCAUUUCCACUCCCCCUUUAUUUAUUUGUUUUCUAAUUAGGGGCCAAGUCUGUCAAGUUUUUUGUCAAACUGAGCUAAAAGGUCUUUUGUUAUACUAUUUGUGUUUACCUGCGUUGGGAGAUAAGGUCGUUUUCGUGAAGGUGUGUGUGUUUGGCACCAAGACUGUUAAAGGGCCCCAUGUUGCUGACGUGAGCACAGACCAGCUAGAUGUCUUCUGCAUGUAAGCCUCUGAACACAGAGGGGUCUCUUUUUUCACGUAUGAAAUGCAAGUUGUUAGUACCUCAUGAGCCAUAGAAGUUCAGCCGUGACCCUUUGUUUGGCAGCACGAACAGGUUUGUAUGUAAAACUGCAGUGGUGUUUUGUCCUAUGAUUUUUUUUUCAGCUUUCCUGCUACCUUAAAUAUACUUACAUCUUGAUCAGUUUCUGACUUUUUGUUUGCCUUAUUUGGGUCAAGCUUUUUUAUGCUUUGUGCCUGGAACACAGAUGACUUCAGUCUUUGGGGUGGUUUUUUUUGUUUUUUUUUUUUUCCCCAGGGUAAGUGUUAGCACACGCCAUCUGUGAUAUCAUACUGUGGUUUCUGUAAUCAGUAUCUAAGAUUUCUGUCUAAAAUUCACACACGUAAGAAUUGAAGCAAGUGGUUACAUAAUGCAGUUGAAGUUCUUGGUUGUUCAGUGUUUGUUAGCGACCUACUGUGUGCAAGACCCACGCCCAGCAACACCACAGUAGAUGUUGACCUGUAAAGUAUUCUUUUGAAACAUGGCUGAAACGUAGCGUAUUAUAAGUUAAUUAUUAUUUUUGCUGUUGUAAAUAUUGAUGGUUUACAAUGUGCUUCGGUGCAUAUUCCUUAAAAGUUUAAGCAGUGAGAAAUAAGCCCUCUCUGAAUUUAGCGCUCUGUUUCUAAACUAAUAAUAGAGAAUGUUACUUGGGAAAAGUCUGGAAUAUGUGGUACACAUAGCUGUGCUUCAUGAGUGAGUCUCUUAGUUUUUAUAAUGUACCAUGGUUCUCAAAGUUUGUGUUUUUUGGUUAAUAAAACAUUUGAUAAUAGAUAUCCCACGUUUAUUACUUUUUCUUCCUCAACUAAUUUGAUAAUGUAUUGCACCAGGUAAGGCGAAGAUCAACCAUCCAUUAUUUAUCUCCCGUGGCAGUUGAUAUGGUUGGGAGGGUGGAGAGUUUUUUUGCAGAAGGUGUAAAGUGAUUGGACUUUUUACUUAACCGUUCCAGGGACUUUUUUUACAUUGAUUUCCUGUGCAUUUUUUCAGUUCCCAUGAAACUGUCCUUGUUUACAUACUUUCUCUGUUGUAUCAAUACUUCGAUUCUAGUGGGAUGACAGUUUACUUAAAACUUGAGAGGGCCGUUCAGCAUUGCCUAAUGUUUUUACUUCUCAAAUCUGUGUAGUACACUGGCUUGUAAUCUUUAUGUCUUCAUUGACUCUGAGUGUCUUUGCUAUUUCUCUUUCUCCUCAAGGAAAUAUACUGUCUUCAUGUACUCUUAAGAAAAAAGAGCAAAAACGAUUAUCUUUCUAAGUCUCAUUUUCUUUGAGUUGGAAACGAACAAACGAAAACAUGAAGGAUCCACCUAGGAGACAGACAUUUAAAUUUUAAAUAGACUGUUGGAAAAAGUUUAAGAGUUUCCAAGUUAUUAGCUUUUGUUUUUAGAAAAAGUUAAGAGACUGCUCCUUGUACUGGAGAUACUAGUAUACGUUUGUAAUGUUACCUUAACGUUAUCUUUUAUUCUGCAAGUCUCGUACAUACUAGUUAAAUUCUUUAAAAAAAUUGAGCUACUAUCAUGGAUGGUUUCACUGCCAUCAGCCAUGUUGAUGUAUUAUAAAUGGCAUCCUUAUCUACUUAUUUUAAUGCUUAAGGUUUUAUAUAAAAUGCUUUAUUUAGAAAAUGUACAGAAUACAGUGGUGUCAGCCUUGCCAUGUACCGAUUUCACUUGAAAUUUGACACCAAUCACAGUGGUUGGGGGUGGAGAAAGAGGUUCUGGAAAACAAACAGAUAAGAAUAUCUUUUUCAGUUUGUAACAGUAUCCUUUCUGUGGGAAGAGAAGUUACUAUUCCAGGAAGGCAGCUGGAGUGUAUGUUUUGUGUAUCAUUGAGAAUUUUCUUUAAAACAUUUUUUCAAUGGUGUAAUUGUUAAAUGCCCAGUUUUGCUCUGCAUUUGCCUGAGGUUUCUAAAAACCAAACCAGUGCUUGGGGAGGUUAGAUGUGUGUGUUUCCAGGUUGGUGUGUAUGAGUGGUUCUGCUUGCUUUUUGGCUGUGUUUUCCGCCAGAGGUUUGGAACCUUAAUCAAUAAUUUUGUGUGUUGUUGUUGUUUUUAAGUGGCUUUGGUUUUUUUUCUCAAGUUAAAUUGUGAACACGUUUGCUUUUUAAGGGCAGGGCAUCAGUUCUAGAGACUGAAAAGUAUUGUAGGUUGUAUGAUACACUUUCUUGAUGUGUUUCUGGACACAGUUUUUUGUUAUUUUUUUUUUCAACAACUUGAAAACUCAAAAGGGACAUUUGAUUAGGUUAUAUACUGUACAUCCAUGGCAGCUUGUUUUCUUGAGCCACUGUCUAAAUUUUUUUUUCUGUUUUUAUAGAAAAUUUUUAUACUGAUUGGUUCAUAGAUGAUCAGUUUUAUACACAGACUAAACAAUACAGCACUUUGCCAAAAAAUAAGUGUAGCAUUGCUUAAACAUUGUGUAUUAACACCAGUUCUUUGUAAUUGGGUUCAGCGGUGUAUUUUGCACUACCUGGAGUUGUGGUUUUUAAUCUGUCAGUAAAUAAAAUGUCCUUUAACGUCA